AUGCCUUUUGGCUUAAAGAAUGCAGGUGCGACAUACCAAAGAUUAAUGGACAAAGCAUUCCAACAACAGAUAGGCCGGAAUAUGGAAGUCUAUGUAGACGAUAUGGUAGCAAAAACGCCUGUGCAAGGGUCACACUGUGAUGACUUGGUAGAAGCUUUCAACCAACUCCGAACAUAUAACAUGAGACUCAAUCCGGACAAAUGCGCUUUUGGAGUCCAAGGAGGAAAAUUUCUUGGCUUCAUGCUAACGUCACGAGGUAUAGAAGCUAACCCAGAAAAAUGCAAUGCAGUGCUGACCAUGAUAACCCCAAAAACAGUAAAAGAGGUCCAACAAUUAGCAGGCAAAAUAGCCGCCCUAUCACGUUUCCUACCCGCAGCGGCAAACCGAUCUUAUCAUUUUUUCCAGACGUUCUCUAAGGGCAAGAAAUUCACAUGGACGGACGAAUGUGAGAAUUCCUUUACUGAACUCAAACAGCUCUUAACAUCACCUCCAAUACUCCAGAGACCAGAGGCAGGUAAGCUGUUAUAUUUGUAUUUAUCAGUAUCUAACCAUGCCAUAAGCUCGGUCCUAGUGAUGGAAACAGGAAAAAAGCAAAACCCUGUAUACUUCAUUAGCAAGGUACUGCAACCAACAGAAACAAGAUAUCCAAAGAUAGUACAGCUAGCGCUGGCACUAGUCACCACGGCAAGAAGGCUGCGACAUUACUUUCAAAGCCACACAAUUGUAGUACGAAUAGACCAACCACUAAGGCAGAUAUUAACCAGACCUGAGCUCGCUGGACGAAUAAUAAAGUGGUCAAUCGAACUAUCCGAGUUCGACAUUCAAUACGAGUCGAGAAAGACCCUGAAGUCACAAGUACUUGCUGACUUCGUGUCGGAAAUGACUAAUAAGAUACAACAAACAGCAGCCAAUUGGAGCAUACAUGUAGAUGGAGCAUCAAACAGAGAAGGAAGCGGAGCGGUGGUACUACUAAAAGAAGGAGAGAAAGUGAUAGCCAAGCAAUCACUACAAUUCCGCUUCAAUGCGAGUAACAACCAAGCAGAAUAUAAAGCUCUGCUAGCAGGACUGAAGCUCGCUCAACAACUGGGGAUAUCCAAGAUAACAGCCUACUGUGAUUCUUCAUUAAUAGUGCACCAAGUAAAGGGCGAGUACCAAGUAAAAGAUCCUUUGUUAGAGAAAUAUUUGCUCAUAACAAAGGAUCUCAUCUCAAAAUUCAGCAAAUUUGAUAUUAUUCAUGUAAACCGAGAACAAAACACCAGGGCUGACGUGUUAUCCAAGUUAGUCACAACAAGGCAAAUGGAAAACACAUCAGCACUGUCCCAGCUAACACUUGACAAGCCGAUCUUCGAUUUAAACAUCAUGCAGGUGCGAGAUUGGAGAACACCUUUUCUCAAUUACAUCAUCACAGGUGCAAUACCAGAUGAUGAGCCGAACUUGCAGCUCUUCAGAAGAAGAGCAAGUUUCUAUACAAUACUCGAAAAUACCCUGUAUAGACGAGGACACUCCCAACCACUACUCAAAUGCAUCAGCAACGAGGAAGCCGAGGACGUUAUGGCAGAAACACAUGAAGGAGUUUAUGGCAACCACAUCGACGGACGAGCAUUGGCGGCAAAGAUACUGCGAACAGGAUAUUAUUGGCCGACGAUAAAAAGAGACUGCAUCUCGAAAGUCAAGGCAUGUGAUAAUUGUCAAAAACACGCUACCCUCUCAGAGACCCCGGCCGAGGAGCUCCACACCAUAGAGGUAAGCUGGCCUUUCGAUAGGUGGGGAUUGGAUAUCCUCAGACCUUUUCCGAAAGCGCCAGGCCAGAUACGUUCAGUCGAGCACCCACAAACCAACGGGCAAGUCGAAUCAGCUAACAGAAUCAUCUUGCAGGGAUUAAAGAAAAAGCUCGGCGAAGCAAAGGGAGAGUGGGCCGAUCUCAUCCCAGAAAUCCUAUGGAGCUACAACACCAGCAUUCAAUCUGCUACAGGAGAAACUCCUUUCAAGCUGGUAUAUGGUGCAGAAGCACUGAUCCCAGUAGAGGUCAGCGUCCCAACAUUAAGGGCCGAGCUUUAUGACCAAUCAAACAACUUGCAAGCUCGAACAGCCAAGCUGGAUCUUGUGGAAGAAGAAAGAGACAUCUCAGCCAUAAAGCAGCGGGCCAGAAAAUAG